AUGGCACGCGAUCGUGAACCCCAAUCUCAAACGCAAGGAGCCACACAAAGCCAAACAUCGAAUAUAUGGAGUCAAGUUGAAAGCCAACCAAUUGAGAAUAUCGUAUGGGGACGACUCUACGGGAAAAACAUUAAAGUUAAAUCUCUGGGUAGGACAGGCAAAUAUAAGAUUCUGUAUCUGAAUACGUCUUUUUCUGUUGAUUUAAGCAAUGAAAGCUUCACCGCUGGUCGUGGAGAAAACAACGAUCUGAUAUUGACGCUCAACGAUUUGCCAGAGAAAAUCUUAUGUCGCAUAUCAAAGGUCCAUUUUGUAAUACGACGAGCUAACUGUGAUUUAUCAAAUCCUGUUUAUAUAGAGGAUUUAUCCCGGAAUGGUACAUUUGUGAACAGCGAAAGGAUUGGUACAAAUAGCAGACGUAUUUUACAAAAUGAUGACAUUAUUUCCCUAUCGCAUCCCACAUACAAAGCAUUUGUCUUUAAAGAUCUCAGUCCAAAUGAAGCAAUGGGCUUGCCCAAAGAAAUCACAUCAAAUUAUUAUGUUAGUCGCAAAUUAGGCUCUGGAGCCUGUGGUCUGGUACGCCUCGUAUACGAUAGACGUUCAUGCCAGGAAUAUGCCAUGAAAAUUGUUAAGAAAAAUAUGUUGGCUACGAGUACUAGUCCCAAUCAUUUAACCGACCCCAAUCGUGUUAUGAAUGAAGCAAAAAUUAUGAAAAAUCUCAAUCAUCCCUGUGUUAUUAAUAUGCACGACAUAGUUGAUAAACCCGACUCGGUAUAUAUGGUAUUGGAAUUUAUGAAAGGUGGUGAUUUACUAAAUCGUAUUAUUGAAAAUAAAAGGCUGCCGGAAAAGAUUUCCAAGUUAUUCUUCUAUCAAAUGUGUCAUGCUGUGAAAUAUUUACACGAUAAAGGUAUAACUCAUCGAGACUUGAAGCCAGAUAAUGUACUACUUGAAACUUCGGACGAAGAAACAUUAUUGAAAGUUUCGGACUUUGGUUUGAGCAAAUUUGUACAGAAAGAUUCUGUAAUGCGAACCCUUUGUGGCACACCUCUGUAUGUUGCACCAGAAGUGUUGUUAACUGGUGGUCGUGGUGCCUAUACCAAAAAAGUUGACAUUUGGAGUUUGGGUGUGGUACUUUUCACGUGUCUAAGCGGCACCUUACCCUUUUCUGACGAUUAUGGCUCACCAGCCUCUGAACAAAUCAAAAAGGGACAUUUCCGUUUUAAUCAUCCCUCCUGGAAGCAGGUGUCACAGAGAGCCACAUCAUUGAUCAAGAACAUGUUAAUUGUUGAUCCACAAAAAAGACCCACGAUUGAUGAUGUCCUGCAAAGUAGCUGGCUUAAGGAUCAAGAAAUGUUACGUACUGCCAAUAAGUUAAUGAAAAUCGAACCCAUGGAGACAGAAGAUGAAGAGAAUUUCCUAGAACCACCAAUGAAACGUUCCAAAAGAUAA